CCAUGUCGGGUUCCCCGGUGAAGCGCCAGAGGAUGGAGUCGGUGCUGGACCAGCUCAAGCAAUUCACCACCGUGGUGGCCGACACGGGCGACUUCAACGCCAUCGACGAGUACAAGCCCCAGGAUGCCACCACAAACCCCUCCCUGAUCCUGGCCGCUGCCCAGAUGCCCGCCUACCAGGACCUGGUGGAGGACGCCAUGGCCUAUGGGAAGGAGCUAGGCGGGGCCCAAGAGGAGCAGAUUCAAAAUGCUGUCGACAAACUGUUUGUGUUGUUCGGAGCAGAAAUACUGAAGAAGAUUCCCGGGCGUGUGUCCACAGAAGUAGAUGCAAGGCUCUCCUUUGACAAGGAUGCAAUGGUGGCCCGAGCCUGUCGCCUCGUGCAACUCUAUAAAGAAGCUGGCAUCAGCAAGGAGAGGGUCCUUAUAAAGCUGGCAUCAACGUGGGAGGGGAUCCAGGCUGGAAAGGAGCUCGAGGAACAGCACGGCAUCCACUGCAACCUGACACUGCUCUUCUCCUUCGCCCAGGCUGUGGCCUGUGCCGAGGCCGGUGUGACACUCAUUUCCCCCUUCGUGGGCCGCAUCUUGGACUGGCACGUGGCAAACACCGAUAAGAAGUCCUACGAGCCUCUGGAGGACCCUGGGGUGAAGAGUGUCACCAAGAUCUACAACUACUACAAGAAGUUUGGCUACAAGACCAUCGUGAUGGGCGCCUCCUUCCGCAACACAGACGAGGUCAAGGCGCUGGCCGGCUGUGACUUCCUCACCAUCUCACCCAAGCUGCUGGGGGAACUACUCAAGGACACCAGCAAGCUGAGCCCUGCACUCUCCAUCAAGGCCGCCCAGGCCAGCAACCUGGAUAAGGUGCACCUGGACGAGAAGGCCUUUCGCUGGCUGCACAAUGAGGACCAGAUGGCCGUGGAGAAGCUCUCAGAUGGGAUCCGCAAGUUUGCCGCAGAUGCCAGGAAGCUGGAGCGCGUGCUCAGGGAGCGCAUGUUCAGUGCUGAGAACGGGAAGUAG